UCCCCACACUUCCUCUUCUGUCACAAAAUACAGACACAUACUUUACACUUUCAGUGUUCAUGACACAACGCUCAGCCACCCCUGGUCCCUUUGACUACUCUAUGAUCCACCAAAUAACAGCAGAUUGACAUGGACAAACAUUUGCAAGGAGGAAAAGCAUUUGGAUUCCUCAAGUCUCAGCAGGAUGUGAAACUGAACUCCAUCAAUGAGGUUUUUCUCACAGAUCCUAAAUAUGCAGAGGAGGAGGACCUCAGCUCAAAACUGGAAAUGUUUAAAAACAAAUACAUGGAAUUUGAUCUCAAUGACCAAGGAGACAUUGACAUGAUGGGGCUGAAGCGCAUGUUGGAGAAGCUGGGUGUGGCAAAGACUCACUUGGAGCUGAAAAAGAUGAUGUCAGAUGUGGUUGGCGGUGCUGCACGAGACACGUUCUGCUACACAGACUUUCUCAAUAUGAUGCUAGGGAAGAGGAAUUCCAUACUCCGACUGAUUUUGAUGUUUGAGGGAAAGGGAAAGCAGGAACCCAAAGAGAGUGGACCACCGCAACGCAAGACUUUUUCAGAUCUGCCCUGAAUGCAAUUACGUUAUGGAUCCAAUCUGUUCAUAUAAAAACUGAAUGUCAAAUGAACUGGGUUAUACAGGUUUCAUUGUAAGGAAUAAAGAAAGGUUUGAUUGA